AUGUCAAGCCAUGACCUUUCAAUACUCAAAACUGCAAUCCUGUAUUUGUUGAUUUUCGUGAUAGUAUCCACAAUGACACAAGGUCUUAACUUGAACCUUGCACAGCAACGAGAAGCCACUGCUCCAACACUCAACAAUCAGGAUUUAAUGUUUUGCAGUUUUAAUAUUCAAGUUUUUGGCAAGACCAAAAUGUCGAAACAGCAUGUGGUCAAUAUUCUGUUGAAAAUUCUUUCCGAAUGUCAUAUCACAUUCAUUAUGGAGAUUAGGGAUAGUACAGGUACUGCAAUUGUUGAUUUAUUGAAUCAACUCAAUCGUUUUACCAACCAUACAAGAUCCUAUCAAUUGCAAGUUAGUGAGAGAUUGGGAAGAACCUCAAGCAAGGAACAAUAUGCAUUUAUUUACGAUUCCAAAAUGGCACAAAUAACCUCUACCUAUCAAUUCCCAGUACAUUUUGAUUUUUUCGAAAGACCACCAUUCUCUGUGAUUAUAUCCUCAACUCUUAGUCAUCAACAGCUUUUUAUUACUGGUAUCCACACUUCCCCAAAAUUAGCAGUUCAAGAGAUUGAUCAUUUGUUUGAUGUGUAUCAAUUUUAUUUGUCCCAACAUAAUACCUCCAAGCUGGUGCAGACCAAUUGGCUUGUUACUGGUGAUUUUAAUGCGGGAUGCAGCUAUGUGACACCAAGCGACUGGCAGCACAUUCGAUUACGAACAGAUAAAAGCUUUGACUGGCUCAUAACGGAUAAUAUGGACACCAUGGUGAAAACGAACUGUCCAUACGAUCGUUUUGUAAUGCCCAAAGCUCGAGUGUUAAACAUUACGUCGUAUGAAGUGUUUUAUUACUCUCACGAAUGGAAGUUGGAUCAAUCGCUCGCCAUUGAGGUCAGUGAUCAUUUUCCCAUCCGACUUUUGGUUAAGAAUUGGAAUCAUCACUAG